AUGGGCAUAAAUGUAGGGCGGGUUCUUGAAUCCUACCAUUCUACCAUGCCAUACCGACUAUUCAUUAUGAGCCGUCCAGCAUCCAGCCGCUCCACCGACACUGACCACUCCGGACUCUUCAGAUUGGAGGGAAUGAGAUUCGAAGAUGCCCCGUACUCCGCGAAACACUGUGAUCAGUGUUUUUCCCUUGGGGAAUUUUUAAAAAAGAAGGCCUCACUCGCACAGAGUGAACUGCAACAGAAAUUCCUAAUAAAAACCCAUGAAAAGAUGGAGGCUGUCAAAGAAUUCGAGAUGGGGAAGUAUCGGACCGAGAAAAUCGGCCGAACUCUCCUAUGCCACCAGCUCACGAGAGACAUUAAUGGUAGAGGAUUCCGCACACUUCCACGCGAACCGAGAAAUUUAAGAGCGCAUCCCGACCACGAAUUUCAUGAAGAGGUGUUGAAUAACAUGCUUUGCCGUUCGUGCGGCAUCUACGUCAAACAGAUGCAAGAGCUCAGUGAGCUCCAGGCAAGAAUUGAGCACGUCAAAGCCUGGGGAGAACGAUCCUACGAGGCAACUAUCGAGCAAGACAGGGUCAAUAAUGAAAUCGACGACCAUAUUCAUAAUUUGCUCGUCCUUGUCACACUAGUGUGUGACAAUUCUGAGAACGAAAUUCUCCGCCACAAUAUCAGAAGACGUGGAGGACAUCAGGAUAGCGUUCAGAAGAACGCUAAUAAUGCCGGACCGCGAGCCCAAUGGGCUCGAACUCUAGGCAGCGUCAAAAGGAAGAAGAAGACGACUUGCUCAUUUCGCUCCUCUUGUUGUGACGAACCACUGAGAAUACAGCGAACGCAACAUGCUUCGGAUGAAAGCAUUCAUGACAAUUUUGAGCAGAAUCGGGCGCAACGUAUUCGUACUGAAGACGAUGGAACUUAUCUCGAUGCUCCGUCGCUUCAGAGAGCAGAUACAUCAGUGGAUUCUGAUCUCGGCUCAUUACGAGACGCAGUAAAAGAGCUAGUAAACAUACGUGAUAAUAUUUCAAAACGCCAAACGACGUCAGGAGAGUCUAUAAUCGGGGAUCAUUCGAGUCCAAGUGGAAAGAGUGAUACGGGCGACACAUUACUGAUAGAAAAGGCUGAAGAAGCAGCUGAAGAGUUUGAAAAGAAACAUCCCAAGAAAACGGAGGCCACGAAGAGCGAGAGCGAACGCAGAAGGAAGUCUUCUUCUCUUACUGUUAGGAAAAAACUUUCGAAGGAAGCCAAGGAGGAGCAUUCCCAUAAGAAAAUGGCAGAUGGAAAGAAAUCAAAACAAGGAACAGUGGGUGGAAGCAAGGAUACGCAAUAUGAGAAGCAUAAUCUGAAGUAUUCUUUAUGCCAAACACAAAAAUCUGCGUAUACCAUGGAUACAGAACCAUCUUCUCCAAGAAUUGUGCAUAAGAAAGCUCAAGGACAACCUGCUAGAAAGAAGGCUUCCACAACAAGUACCCAUUUCAUGCAAGUAAUCAGGAGAAAAGGAAGCUGA